AUGAUAAAGUGAUUAUUACGUGAAUAAUUCGGCAAAAAUUUUGUUCGCGAAAAAUGCCAUUUUUGAAUGGUAACGAUACUUAACGACCCAUUCGGUCUAUCAUUGAAACAUCGAAAAUGAUAGGUAUUAUCAUUGAUAUGCUACGUCGUAUCAUCGAUUUAUAAUCCGACAUAUGAUAAGACAAACAAUUUGAAAAUGAUAACCGGUACAAUUGUUUUAUAAUACCGUUUUAUUCGGGUCGAGUCUUUUGAAACCGAAGGAACAUUUACGCGGCAAAAGUUCUUCGAUUGUUGCCGAAAAAUGGUUUUUUCAAACGAUUAAGUAAGAACAUAUCCAGUAGAUUUUCAGUUUGGGUGAUGUACGGAGCUCGAAUCCACUGUGAUUCUAAUAUCAUACAGUAUUUACGCUCUUUGGGGACAGUUCCACUUUUCCUCCCAGCAUAUUGCCCGUUUUUCAACCCAAUUGAGGUGGUUUUUGGAUUGGUAAAAAAAAUAUUUGAGACGAAACUACACAGAAGGAUGCAAAACACCAUUGUCAAAUGUUGUUCAAGGUGCACUUACUUAAUUCACAUCAUAUGAUUGCUCCAAACUUUUUCAAAAAUGUGGAUAUCUUCCGGGAGGAAAAUUUGACCCAUCAUUAAGCGAACAAUAAAUUGAAAUGUUUAAACCGUAUGUGUACUUUUUAUUUAUUUAGUAUGAGAUUAGAACCCUUUUCAAGGGGAGGUCGCUUGGAACAAUGUGCCGAGAACAAUAUUUUGCAUCGAAGUUAACACAAUUUUUAGAUCAUAGCACACUGGGGCACACAGGGGCACACUGUGGCACAAUUUUGACAGCUAACUUUUCGUGAUACGCCGGCAACACUGCUUGGCAAUUUUCAACAGCCGUACUUGAAUUCAUUUUCGUGGUGGUUUUCGAAUAAUCGUGGAUUAUUGUUGCUUCGGUGAAUAAUCAGGAGUUGAAUUAACCAGAAAUUAUGGACGAGGUGCAUUUUUGGAAUAAGAUGGAAGAAGAAUAUGGAACCAUAAACCCUCACAUACGAAACAUUUUGAAAAAGCAAAACCUAUGUAGCCAGUCGCUGUCACAACUAACGGUCGAAUCAAUUCGACAAAUAGAGCAAGACAUGCGUAUUAUGGCAGACUACUUACGCGAAGACGCAUCCGCUGGUGGGACUCCGCUCGUUGAAAUUUAUGGGCCAGUAUACGCCAAACAGCCAGAAAAAUUUCGUUUCCUGGGCGGAGAAGUCAUGUGUCUCCUCGAUCUGGCUCGUAUUAUGGAGAGAAAGGGAAUCAAAUAUUUCAUCAAAUCAAAAUGUAGAACAAUUAUAAGCAUUGAAGUACACGGCGAAGACGCAGAAUUGCAUUCUCGCACUUUAUAUGACAAAAUAAUGUUGCACUUCGCUUCGCAAGGUAUACUUGAUACAAGCUAUGACGAAUUUCUGGAACAGUUAAAGGAAAUUGACAUCAAAAUUUAUACCAAUGGCGACGGAAAAUUCCGAGCGGAAUCAUUGUGUCCAAUGUGCCAGGUAAAUGGAAAACGGACAAAGAUAUCAUUUACCAUGGACGAACGUGGAAACUGGCACAUUUACAGUCUCACCCGACACAGCAAUUCGAUGCAUUUCCAAAUGCCAGAAACUUCACUACGAAAGCGACGUCGAAUUGAUGCACCACUACCGGCAGCAGAUUUGAACCGAACUGAUACAGAACAGGCUGGGAAUGAUGUAGAUUUAUUAGAAACGGUGGAUUCUAUCAUUUCCUAUGACCCGUUAUAUUCUUCAGAAAAUGAGAUAAUUGAUUUGAGCGGAUCGAUCAAGGUACAACGUGAUCUGGAGUUUUUAGAGGAAGAUAGAAUUCAUGUAGAUGGUAAUUCUUUUAUUUAUGUCACAUAACACAGAACCAGAAUAUAUA